GUCCUGAGCUGCUGCUGGAGGAUAAAGAUACACUCGCUCCCCUCCAGUUCCAGACACAUCACGUUAGCCAAGUUAGCUUAAGUAGCCGUGUAUUUUUGUGACAAAAUGUCAACCACGACUGGCGGUGGGGAGUUUGGCAACCCUCUACGAAAAUUCAAGCUCGUCUUUCUGGGCGAACAGAGUGUUGGAAAGACCUCACUCAUCACAAGGUUUAUGUAUGACAGUUUCGACAAUACUUAUCAGGCAACAAUUGGCAUUGACUUUUUGUCAAAAACCAUGUACCUAGAAGACCGCACGAUUCGGCUGCAGCUUUGGGAUACAGCCGGACAGGAACGCUUCCGCAGCCUCAUCCCCAGUUACAUCCGCGACUCAGCAGCUGCUGUGGUGGUUUAUGAUAUAGCCAAUCUUAAUUCAUUCCAGCAAACCUCAAAGUGGAUUGAUGAUGUUAGAACAGAGAGAGGAAGUGAUGUCAUUAUCAUGCUUGUUGGGAACAAAACAGACUUGGCGGAUAAAAGGCAAGUUUCUGUUGAGGCGGCAGAGAGGAAAGCUCGUGAGCUCAAUGUGAUGUACAUAGAGACCAGUGCCAAGGCUGGCUAUAACGUCAAACAGCUGUUCCGUCGUGUCGCAGCUGCAUUGCCGGGGAUGGAUAGCACACCAGAGAAAAGCAAAGAGGACAUGAUCGACAUCAAACUGGAGAAACAGCCAGAAAUGACUGUCACCGAGAGCAGCUGCUCGUGCUAGUACACCUCACCCCCGCCCAGCCUGCCUCCUCCCCACCAACAGCUUGUCUCUCAGUGGCCACUCGCCCCACCCUUGGCUCACUGCCAUUGGGAUGGAGGACCUGUCUUUUUUCCCUUUUCAACUCAGUGACUUUUCAGAGUAUCCGUGUGGAUGUGCAUUACUGUAUUGAAGCAGAUUUUCUGGGGGGGAAAAAAAUGGUUCAAAAGUAAACAUUUAAAACAAGGAUCAAGUGAACAGAUAUGUUGAGGUUUUCAUCCAGUUGCAUGGCAUUAUAUAGAACUGCCGACCCACAUAGCUAACCGCUAAUGAGUUAUUGCACAGUUCUGAAUCUUCGUGCUGUUACUCGUAAUUGUUGUAAAGUAAAACUGCUUGGGAUUAUUUAAAAGACUUUGCAAGGUUGAAUUAUCAGCCCGUUUUAUUUAACUUUUUUUUAUUAUUUGUUUUAUUAAUUCUUUCUUGUCUGAGAUUCUCUUGUAUGUCUCAGAUAUUUUUUUUUGAUUUUUUUUGAGGAAGAAGAUACAGGAUUUUACCAGUGAAAUUAUGUCAUCGCUAACAUGAUACCAUAUUAGGCUCAAAUUAAUCCCUUUUUAUAUCCUACACAACUAACACUCCUAAACUGACUAAUACAACAGCAUGUUAGUAGACCAAAUUUACAUCAUUUAAAAUGUUGCUGGGAACAUUAUGUGUAAUAUCAACUUUGAUUUAAAAGGGAAGCCAACCCAGGUUCACUAAAAAUGGCUGCUAACUUGCAACUGUAUCCGCAUUAAAACUACAGCAACUGUUAUUUCCCCACAUUACAAUAGCUGCACGCAUACUAACACGCCUUUCCGUCAUUAGGUGCCCCUAAGGUUUAGGAAUAAAAAGAGCCAGUGUUUAGUCUUUUCUGUGCUGAUAGGGAAUUUGGAUGAGAUGACGUACCCACCAUCUCAUCGAUAGGUUGUGUUUCGAUUACACAAUUGCAAGAACAUGCUGCAUGCUCACCAUGCAGGAUUUAUAUGGAUAACAACACAGAUGCCUUGCUUGUUUGUUCAUCAAACAUUGUGCACUGAAUCAAGCCACAAUAUUGUAAAAUAUAGACGAAGCCUGCUGACUGGUUCAUGGCUUCACACGUUUUGUAGAGCUGGUGGAUACAGUUUGUCCUCAGAUACAGCUGACGCUUACUAACACACUUGCUGAAAAAAAAAAAAAAAAGUGCCGAGAAAGUUAGUUGCAGUAUCCUUUUGCUGUAUUGCUAUUGCCUGUGUAGGACUGUUAGUUUUAUGUGUUUUAUUUAUUUUGUAACUUGGACAUAGAGAUUACACCAUACGCUUGACCAAAAGUACAGACGCUGACGCGCAUGAUGAAAAGCUUAUUUUAUUUAUUGUUUGCGUGUAUGCUGGGACCCCAACUGGCCUGGUGAUGUUAUUUUUUCCCCUGUCACUCUGUAAGAAAUGACUUCUAGCAGCAUGUGUAGUCACUAGUUUGGUUUCCCAUCCUCACACACUCACACAGUGUAACACAAACAAACUAACUAGCCAUAGCACAACAAAAGACACUGGUCAUUUGCUGUAGCUUGUUUUGAAAUGUCAGCGUUUUAAAAAUGGAUUUUAAAGAUUUUAUGUGUUUGAGUACAUUACAACAACUUAACAUGAGCAGCUGUUCUAUUACUUGUCACUGACUAAAUACUCAGCUUUGUGCUAUUCUGAAUUGUGUCCAUUUGUCCAUUUGAAAUAUGCUGUCUACCCGUGUUUAGCGACGUUCGUGUGAAUAAUGUACUAUUACUAUCUGAUGUAUAAAAAGGAGAGUUAAUGAAACACAAGUGUAGGCUUAUCACAUGGAAUAAAAUAAAGAUAUUUCACCACAAUAUUAA